GCUUCUCAUAAUCAAUUGAUACUGGCCGCAUCCUAUUGAAAUUGUAGCCGAGAUCACCUUUCUUUGUCUGUUGUCUCAGUUACCCCUCCUUGCCGACUUACCCAUUACCUACAGCAAUUGAUAUAUGGAUAGAGAUCUGGCUGUGAUGGUACAACGGACCACUCGGCUUUCGACUUGAUUACAUCUAUAUAAUUAUCUCAUAAACUUAUAACCUUACGUUGGAGGACCGAAACACCAUCAAACCAGCGCAAUGUCAACCCCCGGCCCAGUGAGCGUGUCAGACGUGCUGGACUUUCAAGCCUCCAGCUCCGCAGAGUGUUCAGUCAAUUUCCCACCAGCCAUCUGCAUAGGCUCCGUGACCGUCGGUGGCCUCGUUGCAAGUGUCGCAACCAAAUAUGCGCUGUCUUAUGCGUCCAAGCAUCCGAAAUUGCGCUUUCAGACAGAUCUCCGAGAUGCAGCCCACCAGUUCUAUAGACCGAUAAUGCCGGCCAACGGCAUUGUAACAAUGAAGCUCCAUGAAGUCAAUGUAGGUAGAGGUUGGUCAAACCUACGUGUAGAAUUGUUCCAAGGGGAGCCUCGUAGGAUCUGUGCCUCGGCAAAUAUCAUAAUUUCGAAUCUUUCUCUUCCAGGAGUAACACUGCCUACGGGCUGGCAUCUCUCUCCACCGGCCCAUCGCGUCGACUUAAGCCAGCUUGAAAGCCAUGCCGACCCGGACUGGGUGUGCUAUCACGUUGGUUUCUAUCCAAACGGCUUCCGGCGUGGACAGUCAUAUGCUAAGAACUUUAUCCCUGUGCAUUGGCCACCACAAAUCACUUAUGUCGAACAAUGGGUUGUGCCAGGAUGGGACUGCACACCUCUAGGAUCCCGGGAUGCUUCAAAACCACCGGCCCGCUGGACCAACGACAUGAUCGAAUUCGUUACCGAUUUGAUCCUACCAGUUCAGGAGAACUUUAUUCUACGGAAGCCUGAUCAACCAAAGCCGCUCGGCAGUAUUGCAGCAACUCUGGACUUCGCUCUGGCACAGAACGAGGCGAGAGAACGAGGCGACCACGAGUGGAGAAAGCUAAUGAAUGAUGGAUCGCUGGAUUUCGAGGGAUCUCUGCUUAUCAACUCGACCCUCAGUAUGUCAACUGAGAUCAAGAAGAGGUUGCCUGCUGAGGGUGUUCGCUGGCUCUAUCUUAGAUCGGAAGCGAAGCGCGUCCAGAAUAGCCGGAUGGACUUGGAGGUCCUGGUGUUUGACGAGGAGAUGGACUUGGUAGCGAUCAGCCACCAAGAUGUGCACCUCAUUCCAGCCGAUCUUAAGAACACGAGAACUUCUGCUAUAUAAAAUUUAUUUAGGAAAAGAGUGAACACGAGGAGAAUAAUGGAAUUCAGACUUGACAUUUCAAUCAAAACAACUCUCAAGGUGCAAUAUAACAUAAUCAGCUACGUAUGUAGUUAUGUAUGUGAAGGCUAGUUAAUAUCCCCAGUGGUAAAAUGGAGUAUACGAGGCUAGUUUGACAGAGGAUGAAACGUGACAAUGAACCCGAGCAUUGGAAAGUUGAAGUGAGCCAGCCUAUUUUGUAAUUUUUUCUCCGGCUGCGGUCCAGUCAUGAUGUUUGA